AUGGAUCUCAGCGAGCUGGAGAGAGACAAUACGGGCCGCUGUCGCCUGAACUCGCCUGUGCCCGCAGUGUGCCGCAAGGAGCCGUGCGUCCUGGGCGUCGAUGAAGCGGGCCGGGGCCCGGUGCUGGGCCCCAUGGUUUACGCCAUUUGUUAUUGUCCCAAGUCGCGCCUAGCAGAUCUGGAGGCCUUGAAAGUGGCAGACUCAAAGACCCUGUCGGAGAGCGAGCGGGACAGGCUCUUUGCGAAAAUGGAGGAGGAUGGGGACUUUGUGGGCUGGGCCCUGGAUGUGUUGUCUCCAAAUCUCAUCUCUACCAGCAUGCUUGGGCGGGUCAAGUAUAAUCUGAACUCUCUGUCCCAUGAUACAGCCGCUGGGCUGGUGCAGUAUGCAUUGGACCAGGGUGUCAACGUGGCUCAGGUGUUUGUGGACACGGUGGGAAUGCCAGAGACAUACCAAGAGCGGCUGCAGAAGCGCUUUCCUGGCAUUGAGGUGACAGUCAAGGCCAAGGCAGAUGCUCUCUAUCCCGUGGUCAGCGCUGCCAGCAUCUGUGCCAAGGUGGCCCGAGACCAGGCCGUGAAGAACUGGCAGUUUGUGGAAAAACUACAGGACCUGGACACUGAUUAUGGCUCAGGCUACCCCAAUGAUCCCAAGACGAAAGCGUGGUUGAGGAAGAACGUGGAGCCCGUGUUUGGCUUUCCCCAGUUUGUCCGGUUCAGUUGGCGCACGGCCCAGAGCAUACUGGAGAAGGAGGCGGAAGGUGUUCUGUGGGAGGACUUGCCAACAGAGGAUCAGGAAGGACAAGGGAGGAUUACAUCCUAUUUCAAUGAAAAGCCAGGAGACCGCCCCCCCCUCCCCCACCGGUACUUCCAGGAACGCGGCCUAGAGUCAGCCACCUCUCUCUAA